AUUGUUGCAUAUGCAGGUUGUAUAAACAUUCUUGCAUGCCUUUUUUAUUGUUACUUUCUGUUGUUGUUCUGACAAGUCUUCAUGGAAGAGUGUGAGUUAUUGAGUUGCUGGUGGAGUUGAAUGUUGCCUCCCAUGGUGAAGAUGCUGGUUAUGACUUAUGAGGUACCAUGCCUCUUUGUUGGCAUUGUUUGCAUCAAAAGACAUGGGAAUAUUGGCGCCUAUUCUCUUCAGCUCAAAGUUGGGUGUUUCCAGUUGUCUUCAACAUUGAACCACUUGAGAUAUGGUAAGGUUUCCUCGUAAUUCUGCCGUGUCCUGUCUGUCAAUAUGAUUGGAUGUGUAUUGUCUAUUUUAUAAAUGUAUGGUACAUUU